AUGGCACCAAAGAAUGAUGGAGCUUCCAAAAGAACGAUGAACAGAGGAACAUGGACCCCAGAAGAAGACCGAAAGCUCUCUCAAUGCAUUCAAAUUCAUGGUGCUAAGAGGUGGAAGACUGUUGCUGUUAAAUCAGGUUUAAAUAGAUGUGGGAAGAGUUGCAGGCUGAGAUGGUUAAACUACCUGAGACCCAACAUCAAGAGGGGAAACAUAUCAAAUGAAGAAGAGGAUUUGAUUGUUAGGCUUCACAAACUUCUCGGAAACAGGUGGUCUUUGAUAGCUGGGAGGCUUCCAGGACGAACAGACAAUGAAAUUAAGAAUUACUGGAAUUCACAUUUGUGCAAAAAAGUGAAUCAGAAAGAGGAGAAAGAAGAAACUUCCAAGACAACAGAAAAAACAAUUCCCCAGAAUCAGAACUAUGGGGACAACAGUGCCACGUUCGAGAACGAGGAAACUAUUAUUGGAAGUGGCAAUUCGGAUGUUAGCUUUGAUGUGAACGAAUUCUUCAACUUCUCUGAAGGACCGUAUGGGUAUGAUUGGGUGAACAAGUACUUAGAACUUGAUCACAUCCCUGAGAGCACACAAAAGAUCUAA